CGAUAUCAAAAUUUCCAGUGACAAUGAGUCAUUCUGAUGAAACUUCCAGGCCGUGUAUCAUUGUUCACGGAGGUGCUGGGGAAAUCCAAAUACAGCGCAGAACACCCUGUCUCUCUGCCGUGAAGGAAGCGGCUAGGAUUGGAUAUCUAACGCUAUUGGAGGUAAGUCGUCCGGAAAAUUUAUUAGCUAUGCGUGCGACUGAUUCUGUGGUAUUGUUUGUUUUUUUAAAUUGAUUGAUGUUGAUUAUGUUGUUGCAGUAAACUUACAGAAUUGACAGUCCUAGUAGGUAAGAGCCCUACGCUUAGGAGAGGAGGGGUGGGGACGAGGAAGUAGAUGUAGGUGGACAUAUCAUAUAUCCAGCAUUCACUUAUAAUGAACAAAUCUCAAAUCUAUACGAGGUUUUUUUUUUUCUUUUUUUUUUAGGGAAAAAGUGCACUGGAUACCGUGGAGGCAGCUACACAGAGUAUGGAGGACAGCGGAGUUCUAAAUGCAGGACAUGGAUGUUACCUUACAGAAGAAGGAACUGUUGAACUUGAUGCCAUGAUCAUGGAUGGUCAAACCUUAAACACUGGUAAGUUUAUUAUAGUAUUUUGCCUUUAUUAUAACUGAAGCAGAAGGAAAACAGUAGAUGGCUGACAACAUUCCACUCUAAAGGGUGUAUUAAGAGUCAAAAUUUAAAAUGAAUCUCCAUUUUUCAUUAUAAACCCCUUCUAUCAUAAAAUGUUGGACUAUUAUAGAAAACUAGAUGUAAUAUUGUGCAGGUGGGGGGGGGGAGAGGAUAAAAGUAAGGAUAUAAGAAAAUAACAGUUGGUAUGACCCUAUUUCAGAACUUUUUGUUGUUACUGUUAUUGUUGAUUGUAGUUACCUGUACGAAUGUAGCAGUUAUACAGUAUCUGAAAAUGGGCCAAGCAACCUCACUCUCUAUUCCCUCUGGGAAAUAUAUUUAUUGCAAUCUACUAAUUGUUUACUCCAUGUUUGGUUUCAAGGAGCAGUAGCAUGUGUCAAGAAUAUCGCAAAUCCCAUUUCUUUGGCACGCAAAGUAAUGACAAACACAUCUCAUUGUAUGCUGGCUGGGGAAGGAGCACUGAAAUUUGCAAAAAAAAUAGAUUUUCCGGUUUUGGAAGACCCUAGCUUAUUGAUUAGUGAUCGUUCACGACAGUUAUAUGAAGAUAAAAAGUCCAAACAUGAAAAUCUCGGAGAAUCUGCAAGUUCAAAUAGCAAGGAGACAAAUGUUCAAGAUGACCCCAAGAAGAACACAGACAUGCAACUUGAAGUACAUGAUACAGUUGGUGCUGUUGCCAUGGACACUAAUGGACAUAUUGCUGUUGGUGUCUCAACAGGUAAUGAACCAUACAUGGGUGACUGUUCAAGUUUACCAGCAAUUUAUAUAUUAACUAAAUAUCAUUUCAUAGUUGAUUUUAAUUUUUGUUCGGUGUGAGGAAUCAGUUUUAUAUUGGCUUUCAAUCUACACUUGUGUCAUGAUACAAACUAAGCCUAAUUGAGUUAACCCUUUGUACCCUAACAUCAUUAUGCAUAUUCUCCAUACUGUUCUCUAUACAUUCCUUAGGUUCUAACAGAGAGAAUUUGUAAAACCAUCAAGUGCUUUGUUAGUUGCUGAUAAUUUCCUUUAUUCUUGUGACUUGUAAACCUUUCAUUCAGGGGUGAUAUUGUAAGAAGAAAUUAGAACCUUGUCACUCCUAAGGGUUAAAGGGUUAAGAUUGUGGAAAUUGCUGUGGCCUUAUGGUGAGAAUGCUGGACUUUAAAUCAAAAGGUAUAGGUGCAAUACUAGGUGGGGUCAUGGUGUUUUGUUCUUGGUCGCAACCCUCUGACUCUCUUCACCCAGCAGUAUUAAUAGGUGCUAAAGAACUGUCAAGAGAAUCUGACAGAAUUCUGGAGAUGAGCUCCAGCCAGAUGGACCACUUGCCACAACUGCUGACAUAACCUUGCUUUAGGAUAGGAGUGUUUCUCCUUCAUUUUGAAAUGUGCCUUUUUUUUUUAUACUAGGAGGCACUUCUAAUAAGAUGUGUGGCAGAGUAGGAGACUCACCCCUGGUAGGGUCAGGUGCUUAUGCCAAUCAGCAAGCAGGUGCUGUAUGUACUGGUCAUGGAGAGUCUUUAAUUAAAGUGCUCUUAUGUAGAGAUGUUGUGUACAAUGUAGAAAAUGGAAUGACACCACAUGAUGCUUGUAGAAAAGUGAUCAGUAAGAUGGCUGAGCUGACUGGAGGUCAUGGGGGUGUCAUUUGCUUGGACAAGUUUGGAAAUAUUGGACUGGAAUUCAAUACAAGAAAGAUGGUGUGGGCAUCUGUUACACAUGAAGGUUUUCUGAAAUAUGGAAUUGAUCCUGGAAAGGAAAUUAUGAACUACGACACUCCAGUUAAGGAAAUGGAACGAUUUGUAUUAGCUAAUAAAUUGAAGUGA